AAGAAGAAGAAGAAGAAGAAGAAGAAGAAGAAGUUGCGCAUGCGUCAGACCGCGUUUUUGAAUGAGCGGGACAGGAAACUCUGCAUCCUCUCUACCAACGAACCGUGAGCUGAAGCCAGUAUUUGCCCUCUCUUCAGUUCCUCUUGGCUGUCCUCCACAAGCAUACAUACCCCUUGGCUGCAUACAAUACAGCAGAUGGCCGUAUGGUGUCCCUUAAACACUUCAUUGCAUUAGACUGAGGAAGCACACACCAAACAGCAAUGGCAGUCCAGUUAAGAGUAAUUUUACAAGAACACAGCAUUAAGAAGUUGACACUUCCAACAGGAAUUCCCAAUACAGUAGACGAUCUUGUUUCCAUAAUUACUGAAACUUUCCAAUUGCAUGGGGAAUAUGGACUACUAUACCAAGACAAAGACUUUGACAAUCAGUUUUUCAGUGUCACCUCAACUGCUGACUUGUAUGACAAGGCCACUGUUAAAAUGAUCCUAAAAGAGCCUAACAUCACCCUUGACCUACACCCAAUAUUUGAAUCAGGACCAUCAUCUACAUUGAGCUCUUUGAGUUCUGUGAGCACCCAUCCUGCAAGUACUCCUGAAACAAAUAUCUGCCCUGAAGAUCAUGAUGCAUCCUCACAGGUUUCCGACUCCACAUCGUCAGGUUCCAGCGACACCAUUAUUCUGCCUGAUUCAUGUCGCCUUGCUGCAUGGCCAGUGCCAUUUCAAGUACCUGAGUUUUCCAGAGACAUACAACUAAUCCUUGCAGAGGCAAACAACUCAUAUCAUGCCACUGGAAGACACUUCACGGAUGCCAGCGUUAAAUCAGCAAUAAUGCAAGACCUUGCAAAAGUAAUUUUUUCGUACACUGCUUACCCAACGAAUCAGCAGAUCCUUUCAGUGGCUGAAGCCUUGGUUUCCAAGUUUCCAUGUCUGAGGGAACCAGGAUCAUUUGCAGGCUUAUAUGGCUGGCAGCAGCGCAUAAAAUACAAGAUGCACAAUUACCGGGCCAAGCUAAGAUCUCGAAAAUAUUCUUACCCAGAAAUUGAAAUCAACACCUUAAGAAGGAAGCAUCCAGCUGAUGCAGUGCCAUCAAAAAAUGUAAAAAAGCCCAAAAAAGCUGAGGUUAAUUACCUCCCUCCGCACCCUACUGGUGAAAGCCAAGAGACACUGGAGAAAGAGAGGCUUGAAUUAACUUGUGAAAUAACAAAGAAAAACAAUGCAAAGAUAAUUGCAGAUAAAAUGAAUAAAACUUUCUCUAGCCGAAGAGUUGAAGUAGUCAGCCUAAGCCCCUCUGUGAUUGUGUUUAAAGAAAGGUGGCCAGCGUUAUUCACUGAAGCUCAGGUGAGAAUGUAUUUAUAAUUUUUCCUUCCCAUCAAGAAAAAUGUAUGUGAUUACUAUGAGAUCUGGUCUGUCAU